GUUCUUCAGUAUUUUCCAAUCGUUAAAAAAUAAAAAGACUAAAUCAACACAUUAUUGAGAUGAACGUGAAAAUAUUAUCCAUAUUUCUGGCCUUAGCGGCUGUGGGUGUGAGCGAUGUAUCGAGCCAAGGUAUAAUUGUGGAUGCCGCAUUGCGAAGAAUUCUAGAGAAUCUAAGACAGCUGAUGCGUACAGGCAAUCCAGAAACGGGAUUCCCCGUUCUGGCACCAUAUUUCAACGAGGAUUUGUUCAUAAAUGUGUCAUUCGGUGGGCUUUUCGAAUUUGAUACCAGAUUCACACCCAUUCGCAUCGAAGGCCUGGAUGCUUUCCAAGGGCGCUUACAGGUUGAUCUGCUAUCACUUCGAUUUCCUUUCGAAUUUCGAUACGAUGACGAAAUCACGUUGAGCGGUUUCUACGACAUGAAUGGUCGAAUGUAUGGACUGAUUCCAAUUUUCGGUAUCGGAAAUUUCUUUAUUCGACCCAAGGGCGUUCUUUUGACUGGUGCGGCUACCAUCGGAGACAAUGGCGAAGGAAUGCUCACGCUGACUGAUUUCACUAUUCAGCUGCUGAUCGAUUCGCUAGAGACAAAUAUUCAAGGUAUGCUGCUCGGAGGCGACUUGUCAGAUUUGCUGAACGAAGUCAUUCAGGAUAUUGUUCCAUCUUUAUUAAGGAAUUUUCCGGAAGGAAUGUCGAAUUUGUUGUCGGCUGCUAUUUUCCCUAUGGCAAACCGAUUCCUCGCAACUAGAUCAAUGGAAGAUUUGCUGGCGCUUCUGUUCCCAAGAGCUGGAUGAAUUUGGCAAUCUGUUGUUGUUAUGGUGAAAAUUUUGGAUUGUUUAAGCUAGAUACAACGGUUGAACGAUAAAUGUAAUCUUUUGGAAAUAUAAUCUUUUUGAUUUGAA